AUGGUUGUGAGCGGAGGGAAGGGCCUCAAGCGCGCCGCAAAGAAGAGAGUCACCGCCGAUUUCUACGACUUCCUCACGUUCCCCACGUCGUCCCUCGCCGACGCGGAGAACUUCGCCGGCGGGCCCUUCCGCUCCAACGUCCGCUCCUUCCUAACCAAGCACGCGCUGCUUCCGCCGCCGUCUGCGUUGUUCCCGCACCUGCUGACGUGGCAGAUACUCUUCCGCGUUGGCGAGCUCACCGAAGGCCUUGACUCGCCGGUGGUGUGCCUCGACGUCGUGGAGGAAGACGUCGCCAGAUCUAGAUCCGUGUACUGUGAUCAGUGCCGAGUUUUCGGUUGGAGCGGCCAUCCAGUGUGCGGAAAACGUUACCAUUUUAUAAUCAAAGCCGAUGGAAGCUCCAUUGGUGGGUACCACAAGCCGUGUAUGUGCUGUGGAGACAUCUUGCAUUUGUCAGAAUCCAAAUGCAAGUCUUGCAACCACGUGACUACCAGUGAUGAUGUCGAAGACUGGGUGUACCACCAAUUAGAGAACACUACUCAUCUUUUACAUGGCGUUGUCCAUGCCAAUGGAUAUGGGCACCUUCUUCGGGUUAAUGGCAGAGAAGGGGGCUCUAGAUUUCUUUCUGGUUGUCAUAUAAUGGAUUUCUGGGAUCGCCUAUGCAAGACUCUUGGAGUCAGAAAAGUUAGUGUCAUGGAUGUUUCAAAGAAAUAUGGGCUAGAGUACCGCUUGCUGCAUGCCAUUGUGAAGGGACACCCAUGGUAUGGUGACUGGGGUUAUAGAUUUGGCUCGGGUAGCUAUUGUCUCACGCAUGAAGCAUACAAGUCUGCUGUUGAAAACCUAUCGAAUCUACCCUUGUCCACCUUUUCUCAGGGACAGAUGCCAAUGCCUCAUUCUCGUGUGCAGGACAUGAUCAAAUAUUUCCAGUCUUUGUCAGAGCAUGAGCUUGUAAAUAUAAGAGAUCUCUUUUGUUUCAUAAUGGGUUUGAUUGGUGAUGCUCGCAAGACUGUAUCAAAUAUAGAUGACACAACCUGUAGAAAGCGUCGUUUUAAUGCUUGUGGAUUGUCAAUUUCUUGGGAGAAGGCAGACAUUGAACGUGUGGAGCAGGCUAUGAUUAGAGUGCUUCGUGCGGUGUCUGAGUCUAAGUGGGUGAACUGGCGGGCUCUCAGGGGUGCGGCCUGCAAGGUGGGCUCUCCAGAGCUGCUUGAUUAUUGCCUGGGAGAACUGGGAGGAAAAAUGGUUUAUGGUGGAAUGGUUGUUAAUAGCCGAUGCAAUCCUCAAACUGGAGUUUACGAAUUCAGACUCGAGGCUGCUACUGGUGCUUGUUAUGGAACUUUAGCGAACAAUAAUUCCUCAGGCUCGAAGUAUCCAUCUGAAGAAAACCUGCUACAAUGCUUGAGAUAUUUAUACGACUCCUUGCUUCAUCCUCAGAUGAUGAUAAACUACGUUGAAGCAGGGACAAGGACUCUUGCCAUGAGCUCAGCUCAAAAGCUUUUCGACUGCAAGCAAUUUGUAAAAGAUUAUGGUCCUGAGUUGUUGCAAUUGUCAGAUUUGCACAAGUUACGAAUAUCAUGCCAGGUUGAACUAGUAGAUGAAUCUGAAGAUUCAGAAGCUGUAGCUCCACCAGAAUUAAUUGUCCUGCCCAUGAACGCCACUGUGGCCGAGCUUAAAAAUCAAGCAGCGAAUGCUUUUCAAGAUGUAUAUCUAAUGUUCAGAAGAUUUCAAGUUGAUGAGCUAGUAGGCUAUAGCGGUGUUGACGAUUCCACCCAGGUCAAGCUCUUGUUAGGAUCGAAAGACGUAGUUUCUGUCCGAGGAAGAUGCAUUGGGAAGAAUGGGCUGAGCAAGUUCCGAAUGGAACGGGGACUUGAGAGGUGGACUGUAGAUUGCAGCUGUGGGGCUAAGGAUGACGAUGGGGAGAGAAUGCUGGCGUGCGAUAUAUGUGGUGUGUGGCGGCACACUAGGUGUUCUGACAUCCAUGAUAUUGAUCCUGUUCCUGCACGUUUUGUUUGCCUGAAAUGUCAAAACUCUGAAUCCAAACUCAAAUCUGGUGGGCACUGCAAAGAUGAGACUGUGACUAACGUUAGUACUAGUAGUAAUUGUUUCGGAAAAAGCUUCCCAGUGCCAUCUGAUAUAGGGCUUAGCGAUAGGUUCAGCGACAGGGCAUGUCUUGUUCAUAUUUCAGCUGCUCCACCGUAG